AUGCAGCCGCUCACUUCUGCAAUGACGACGUUGAAGAAAGCCUUAAUCGCCGCCCUCAAGUCUAUACUUCGAGGUCGGUCCUUCCUGCAGGCCCUGUUCGCCUUCUGGAUCAGCCCAGCCGCCGUCCGGGAGCACCACGUAAACGGCAAGGCGGCUUUGCCGCGCAUGACGGUCACAGAGUUUCUCCACGAUGCCGAGCAAGGCUUCUUGGCGCCGCUCGAGGGCGAGCAGCUGAGGCGCUUCUCCAAGAAGUUGAAGCUCCAGUUUCGCGAGAGGUUGCAGUCCCACGCCGAGUCUAUGCUCCCGUCGUUCAACCACCUGUUGCCCUCCGGCCAGGAGAAGGGUCACUAUCUGGCACUCGAUGUCGGAGGUUCGACGCUUCGGGUGGCCUUAGUCACCCUCAGGGGCCGCGAGGCGACUGACAGGGAAAGCGAGAUUGUCCGGAUGGACACUUUCAAAAUCACCCCCGAAGUCAAGAAAUUGGAGGGUAUGUCAUUUUUUGACUGGAUGGCUGUCCGGAUCAGUCAAGUAAUCAAGGAUGAUGUAUCGCAUUGCACGCCUACGGCGCCCAUACCGAUGGGACUAGCUUGGAGUUUUCCAGUAGAACAAACCUCGUUAGGGGGAGGCUUGUUACUAGGGAUGGGCAAGGGCUUUUUAGCAACAAGUGGGCUGCACGGCCAGGACCUAGGCGGGAUCCUGAAGUUCGCCUGCAGCAAGCAGGGGCUACACGUCGAACUCUCUGCCAUUGUGAAUGACGGCUCGGCAACACUGCUCUCACAAGCAUACGUCCACGGGCAGACACGAUUUGGACUGAUACUGGGCACCGGCGCUAAUAUCGCCGUACAUCUACCCGUAGCGGCAUUCAAUCGCUCCAAGUUUGGAAGCCGCCCCGAGAGCUGGUUCGAGUCCGCCAGCCAUGUUAUCGUGAACACGGAACUUGGAAUGUUCGGGCACGACAUCCUCCCGCUUACUCGGUGGGACGAACUCCUCAAUGCUGCCCACCCGAGGCCGGACUUUCAGCCGAUGGAGCACCUCCUGAGCGGCUACUAUCUGGGCGAAAUAGUCCGCCUGGCACUUAUAGAGGGCAUCGAGAAUACAGAAAUAUUUGGCGGGGUUGUUCCCCCUUCGCUACAAGCUCCAUAUUCCCUGGAUACAGAGACUCUGUCGAGGAUCGAAGCUGACACAACCCCUGACUUUGAGGUUGCUCUGCCCUAUUUUGCUGUGACCCACCCGUCCAGCACAAAACCCACGGCAGCCGACCUCGGCGCCAUCCGCAGCCUCGCCACCUACGUGUCGCAGCGGAGCGCCUCCCUCCUGGCGGCGUCGAUCUUCUCGCUCUGGGAGCUCCGCCACGAGACAGAGGCCGAGUACAUCCAGUCGGAGAUCAGCUCGCCGACCCCGUCGUCCGCCCGGAAGAUGUCCUUCGUGCACGAGGCCAAGGUCGAGCACACGCUGCCGCGGACCAAGGUCGCCUUCAACGGCUCCGUCAUCGAGCGGUACCCCGGCUACCGCGAGAGCUGCCAGGGCUACAUCAAUGCGCUGGUGCGCGGGAGCGAGCACGUCGGACAGGUGGAGCUCGUCCCGGCGCUCGAGAGCUCCAUCCUGGGCGCGGCCGUCGCCCUGGCCUGCGUCGGGGAGCAGAAGGAGGAUGUGUCGGCCCCGUGA